AUGCUUUGUACCAACUCACUAUCAAGUUUAUCUGUUGCUGCCACCACUCCCUUUGCCACUACCAUUUCUGCUAUCAUUACCUCUAUUGCCACCUCUUCUGUUGUCGCCACCACCUCUGUCACCAUCACCUCUGCUGCCACCAUCUUUGCCGUCACCACCUCUGCUGCCGCCAUCUCUAUUAUUGUUAUCUCUGCUACUGCCAUCUCUAUCGCCACUAUCUUUGCUGCUGCUGUCACCACCAUUACUUAUAAUAACAUAGCAAAUGAAUUUGAAAAAUAUCUGCUAGGCAGAACUGAAAACAAUAUUGAUUCAUUAUUAUGGUGA